UGUAUUUUUCAUGUAAUUUUCAGACUUGCCAACAUUAUCAACAGAAGCUGCUGCGAUGGAUACACAGAAACGACAGAUUGAGGCAAUGUUUGACAACCGGCAACAGCGUUAUGUGUGUGAAGUUUGUGACAGGCAAUACAAGACUGCAAAUGGACUCCAACGGCAUCUGAGAGACCAGCAUCGGUGGAACAUCACUGAAAACACAGGGGUGAAUAUACCUCAAGAAGACUGUGACCAUAUUGCUGUGUACUCCGCCUCAUUUAUGAAGUGUGCCCUUCUUCUAAGGGAUACAAACGAUGCCUACCAGAUGGGGGAUGGCAACCGCAUUUUGCUAAACUCCAAAUUGCAGAUGUUACUGUCACGUGUGGGAAACCAUAGCAAGUACCAGUUGUGGUUAUUCAGGUUUAUGGCCUAUUGCUAUGCUUUGCUAACACCAAAAAUGGCUUACGAAUACUUAUGGAACUGUACAGCUAACUUACAAGGAAAUACAGGUCACAAUAUUCCAAAUGACAACCUAGUUGAACUGUUAGUUCAAGCAGUCAAGAAAAGGAUUCAUGCUCAAGGAUCUAAUGCAACUUACAAAAGUGCUAGAAAUGCAGCAUUGUCCUUGCAAAUUCAAGAAGAAAUACUGAUCAAUAUGCAGAAAGAAAUGGAAAAAAAGAAGACUGGACACAAAAGACCCCCACCAUCAAAACUGAAUGACAUUGUUGCUAUGGUGAAUGAACUUAUAUCAGCAAACAUUUUUGAGAGAACUCCUGGCAGAGAAUUUUCUAAUUUUCCAGGAUUUAAAGAUGUAUAUUCGCGUGUGAAAGUGACUGAGCUACAUAAAUGGCUUUCCGAAAACAAGGAGCGACUAUCCUAUGAAUGUAUUUAAACUUAAAAGUGUAUAGAAAGUGAAACAAUUGAUGGAUUUUAUGAACAGACCUUUCCAAUUUUAAAUUAUUUCAACAAUUUGAAUUAUGUACAGUAAGAGCG